UUUCUAAUCUAUCAGGAUGUGGAAUUAAUUCCUGUUGGUGUAAGAAAUAAUCUGUUUAACUUUGCUCGUAGUUUUUAAUGGCCAAGAUAUCAUGUUCGCUCAUAUUUUUACGUUUUCGUUUUAUAAUAUUUAAGUCCGGUUGAACCAUUCGAUUUUGAUUUGUCCGCCAAAAUUUUUGCUGAGUAUGGAUAAAGAUGAACUGAUGUAGCAGAAAGAAUAUAGUCGUUACAGUUUUCUGCAUAAUAAGGACAUUUCAAGUGAUGGAGGACUUCAACAGUACUGAAUCACCCCUGACCAAUCUCACAGUUGGUCUUGAAGGAACUAAACUCUCAUCAUUAAAGAAAUCUUUGGCUUUUUCACCAAAGGGAAAGAACUCCAGCUCUUCGCCACAGAGAACUCCGUUGCAGUCAGUGCACAAUGUCUUGCCCAAGAAGGAAUUAUUCCAGAGUGGACUUCGGGUGAGUAGUACACCACCAGGAAGAUGCGGGCGAAGGUUCAUCUUCGACGAAAACAGCCCUGUCCUCAAAAGUCCUUCUGGGUAUACAGUUGUAGUAAGGCAGAGGAGGCUGAACCUGCUUUUAGAAGAUGCGGAGGCCAAUUCGCAAGAUUCAUCAAUCUCAGAGGGAUCCUUUAGAUUUGCUCAGCCCAGUGGCUUUGCUCCCAAAAGGACCGAUUCCCCAAGAAGAUGCUUAAAAUUCUCGAGUGAAAACUUGUCCUCUCUUUCGUCGUUGUCUUGUGCCUCUUCAGAUAGCGGUCUCGGCUCCGAGGACGGGUUCGCCGAACUCGCAGCCACAGAUGAAGAUUCUAAUUCCUGCCCAAACACCUUGGGCAACCUCCUGUCAGGAUCCCUCUCGACACCGCAGCGUGCAAGGAAGCGCAGGAGUUCUCCAAUGAAGAGCGGAGCUAAAAGAUCGAAAGCACUUGGUGACAAAACGAAACCACUCGGCGACAGAGCUUCAGAAGAGAACAAGGGCACUCUUUUCCAAUAUGGUUUCACGAGGAAGGCCAAGUUGGAACAUUCUACAUCUGAUUCCGAGCUCCUGUUGGCUCUUCAUAGAUCAACUCAAGAAAAUCUAAUCGGUGAUCUGACUCGACCAUUUGCUUUACCCCUGACCACUGGAAAGCAUCAAGAUCUGAAAUCUAUUUCUUCUACAACUCUUGCCAAAUUGAUUAACGGAGAGUAUUCUGACGUCAUCAACUCCUUCGUGAUUGUCGAUUGCAGGUAUCCAUAUGAAUAUGAUGGGGGCCAUAUCAUUGGAGCUGUUAACUUGUUCACUUGCGAGCACAUCAUCAAGCAAUUGCUAGAACCCAAAAUCAGCAAGGGAAACUCAAAGGUGGAUUCGGAGAAAAGAAACAUUGUCAUCUUUCAUUGCGAGUUUUCUUCCGAGCGCGGACCAUUCCUCUCCAGAUUCCUUCGCAAGGAGGACAGAGCUGGACACGAUUAUCCUAACCUCGCCUUCCCAGAGAUGUACCUCCUCCACGGCGGAUACAAGGCAUUCUUCGCCGAACACAAAGAGCUCUGCGACCCUCAGUCGUACAGGACCAUGCAAGACCCCAACCACACCCAGGACCUCAAGCACUUCAGGGCCAAGAGCAAAUCCUGGGCUCCUAGCAACCACAAGAAAUUGACCAUGAGGUCGCUGUCUAGGUUAUUAUAAUUAUAGCGCUGUAUUUAUAAAGAUGAAUGGUAUUAUUUUUUAUGUAAAUGUAUAUUAACUCUUUUAGUUAUAGGAUGUUAUAUUCCUGAAAUCCCUGUCUUGAUCUCAAAUUAGUCAUUCCCCCUCGCUUAUUUGUAUUCUCGAUGGGUCAUUGCAAUGUAUUUAUCUAUUAAGAGAAAGUGGACAUCCGAUUUUGAUGCAGUUCACAUUAAUUGUUUUAGGCCUAUAUUUUGGUAGAUUUGUAAUAAGAAAUUUAGUUAGACUGUAUUUAUAUAUUUGAGAAGAAAUGUUUUUUCAGAGAUUAAUAUCUCGAUAUUGUAUAAACUGUACAAAAUAUUGUUUUAUAUUAAAAAGGAUUAAUAGAGUGCCCUUUUGGGCGAUAUAUAUUUAUAUGUGUAGCCCAUCGUUGAGUGAAUGUCUGUAAAUUAUCUUGUAAAUAACUUGUGUGCAAAUUUUGUUGAGCGAUAGGCUACGUUCAUUGUUACCUUUAAAAUUGCAAUAUUUUUUUUUAUUAUUAUAAACUUAUAAGAUAGAGACACGCCUAAUUAAAGGCUGUGAAUUUAUAUUGAAAAAUGUUGUUUCAAAAUUAUUUCCAAGUGUGUUUCUUUUGUAUUUUAUUUUAAAAAUUUUUCAAGUUUUAUUAUAAAAAUAUUUGUAGCAAAGGAUGAUUAUGAGAACUUUAUAAUUUGUUUUUAAUAUAAUCUUUUGAACGAACUAUCUGCAUUAUAUUGAUUUCAUUCCUACUUUAUUAUACAUAUUUAUUCUACCCAAAUAGAAAGUUAUUUG